GCGGAGGGCCUCGAUUUAGUACUGCUGUUUUUCCCUUUUUUACAGAACUCGAGAGCGAAAACAAGGAAACACCUGACUGCACUUAGAGGAGAUGAACGGGUCAGUCGGGCCGAUGCGUGUGUUGGUGACAGGCGGCAGUGGGCUGGUGGGGCGAGCGAUAGAGCGGGUGGUGAAAGAGGAGGGCGGAGGGAGAGAAGGAGAAGAAUGGAUAUUUCUGUCAUCCAAAGAUGCCAAUCUCGUGAGCGCUGAAGAGACGAGAGCAGUCUUUCAGAAACAUCGUCCAACGCACGUCAUUCAUUUGGCCGCCAUGGUGGGCGGACUCUAUAAAAACAUGAGACAGAACCUGGACUUCUGGAGGAAUAAUAUGCACAUCAAUGACAACGUGCUGCAUAUGUCUCAGGAGUUCGGGGUGGUGAAGGUCGUUUCCUGUCUGUCUACGUGUGUUUUUCCUGAUAAAACCACCUACGCUCUAGAUGAGACCGUGAUGCACAACGGUGCCCCCCAUGAGUCUAAUUACGGUUAUGCCUACGCCAAACGCAUGAUUGACAUACAGAACAGGGCAUUAUUUCAGCAGUAUGGUUUGAAAUACACAGCCGUCAUCCCCACCAACAUGUUUGGACCCCAUGACAACUACAACAUUGAGGACGGUCACGUGAUGCCGGGGUUGAUCCACAAGACGUAUCUGGCGAAGAAGGAAGGUAAACCUCUGCAGGUCUGGGGUUCGGGUCGCGCUCUGCGGCAGUUCAUCUAUUCUCUGGAUCUGGCUCGUCUGUUUCUGUGGGUUCUGAGAGAGUACGACGAGGUGGAGCCCAUCAUUCUGUCAGUUGGGGAGGAGGAUGAGUUGACUGUAAAGGACGCUGUGGACGCUGUGGCCGAAGCAUUCGGGUUCGAAGGGGAAGUUAUUUAUGACACUAGCAAAUCAGACGGUCAGAUCAAGAAAACCGCUAAUAAUGCCAAACUACGCAAAUACCUGCCAGACUUCAAGUUCACGCCGUUCAAACAAGCCGUCCAGGAGACUUGUGAUUGGUUUGCAGCCAAUUAUGACUCCGUCCGUAAAUGAAGAUCUUUUCAUCUGAUUGGCUGUGGGGAGUUUGAACAACAAAAGCCUGACUGAUUGAACGCUUUCAACAACAAGAGUUUUUUUUUUAUUUAAUAAUUUUUAGAU